AUGGAUGACAGUUCAAAACCAAUGGGUCAUGUCUCUCGCACAUGUAACUCGUGUGGAUGGACUGAAACAUUUUAUACUUCAGAGAAAAAUAGCUAUUUUUUACAUAAAUCGAAGAGUGGUAUAUGCAAUGAGGUCAAUUGGUUGUGGGCAACUCCCAAUGUCUCGGUUCUCUGUUCUACCAUGAACAUGCCAACACUAGUUGGCUCAAAGCCAUUUAGGGAGCACACGAAAGUGAUAAGAUGGGCUGCAACUGAUGUUGUUGAACAAACAAUAAAGGAUGCAGCACAGAAAUCUACAACUCCAAGACUGAGGACGGUGAAGACAUUGUGGAAACUGCUGUUUCAUGCGAUGGAACAUGGCAAAGAAGGGGAUUUACCUCGUCGCACGGAUGUGUAA